AUGUACGCGAUCGUGUCCCUGUGCGCUCUGGUAACCAUCGUCGCUGGGCAGACCACCAGCGUGAGCCGAUGUAAGAACUACCCAGGUGAACUACCUCUCCACACGUACGUCGAGGGUUGCAACACUCCACCGUGCCAGCUGCCGCAGCUGCAAGAUGCGGUCAUUAACUUAGUUUUCAAAUCAUCACGCGUAAUGCCCUCCAUGACAACAUUGGCCACAGCUUAUUUGGGCUUCGGUAUCUUCGAGGUUCCUGUUCCCUACGACCUGGGCACGAACGCCAUCACUUGCAACUUCCUAACCAACACCUACUGUCCGGUGCUGCAGGACGAAGUCGUCACUUACACUCUUAAGAUGUACAUUGAAUCUUUCUUCCCUGUGGGCACAGCGGUAACAAUCGAGUUCCGCGUCGUGGACCACAACGAAGAGCCGGUGUUGUGUAUCCGCAUGCCGGUCACCAUCGUCAGCCCCGUAGAAACACCAGAUCAGAAAUCCAACGCUACCCUCUUUAUUAAUGACGGUCAAUAG